AUGAAUGAUGAAACUAUGCGCAAUGAAUUAUCAUCUAUUCAAAUGCAGAUGAAUCAAACAACGAAUGACUCGCUUGAAUCAACUAGGCGAAUGCUUGCUCUAUGUGACGAAAGUAAAGAAGCUGGAAUUCGAACUCUGGUUAUGCUUGAUGAACAAGGAGAACAACUUGAUGCAAUUGAUUCUGGCAUGGAUCGUAUAAAUGCUGAAAUGCGUGAUGCAGAAAAAAAUCUUGAAGGUCUCGAAAAAUGUUGUGGAUUAUGCGUACUUCCAUGGAAAAGAUCGAAAAAUGUUGAAAAAAGUGCUGCUUACAGUAAAACAUUUAAAGGUAAUGAAGAUGGGAAAGUCAAUGCGUCAGGCCCACGACAAGUUGUUGGACAAAAUGGCGUUGGCCCGGGUUCCGGUUAUAUUCAAAAAAUUACUAACGAUGCAAGAGAAGAUGAAAUGGAAGAAAAUCUUCAACAAGUUAGCACAGUGAUUGGUAAUCUAAGAAAUAUGGCUUGUGAUAUGGGUAAUGAAAUAGAAAAUCAAAAUAAUCAAAUUGAUCGUAUCAAGGGCAAAACGGAUAUUAGUCAUAUUCGUAUCGAAGAAGCUAAUAAGCGAGCGAAAACAUUGUUAAAAAGUUAA